UUUUUGUUUCUUUGUUUCUUCUCUCAAUCUUCUUCCUUGAAAUAUCAGUAUAUAAACUCACAAAGACGCACACUUCCGCACACACAUAAUGAGAGCUACUAUUCAUCAUCAUGGGGGGCUACGAAGUCUUCCAGGGAGCAGAAGACCACAAGGGAUGGAGUUGGGUCAACAGAGGCCGCCGAGUAGAAAUCUCCGGCGUUCGGUGGUUGUGAUGAGGGUGACCACCGACGAGAGGGUGGUGGCGGCGGCGGCACCGAGGGACAAGACUGUGUACAAGGACAACUGGUUCGAGCGUCUCGCCAUCCACCACCUUUCAAGCGCCAUUGAAGCCACCACAGGCAUGACAAACAAGAAGGAAGGAUAUGAGAGCUUAGUUGCGGCAGCAAUCAUGAUUUCUAAGAAAUUUGAUACCAAAGCACAGCAGGGCUUGGUGAUCAGAUCUCUCCAGGAGGCCUUUCCAUCAGCCAUUCUAACAAUGAUAAAGAUUUUACUUCCACCUUCAACAUUUUCAAGAGAGUACUUUGCAGCUUUCACUACCAUGUUCUUCCCUUGGCUGAUUGGCCGCUGCGAGGUCAAGAAAUCUGAAAUCAAGGGGAAAUCAGAGAAAAAUGUGGUUUACAUCCCCAAAUGCAGGUUUCUUGAGAACACCAACUGUGUUGGGAUGUGCACAAACUUAUGCAAGAUUCCAAGUCAGAAGUUCAUCCAGGAUUCACUUGGCAUGCCUGUCUAUAUGGUUCCAAAUUUUGAAGACAUGAGCUGUGAGAUGAUCUUUGGUCAGCAACCACCUCUUGAUGAUCCUGCACUAAAGCAACCAUGCUACCACAAAUCCUGUAUAGCAAAGCAGAGACAUAGUAUGAAGUGCUCCAGUUGAUGAAAAGGAAAAGAGAAUAAACCUGCAGAUGAAAGGAAUGUCAAAGCCUUGAGGGAACAGAUUGCAUUGCACCAAAUAUAAACUUAAUUUCAUGAAGUUUUCUUAAAAAUAAAAGAUUUAAACUGUACUACAUACAUUUUACUGUCAAUGUUAACCACAGUUACUAAAAAAAAUGUAGAACAGUGACAUAUUUCCUGGUCUGGAUGCUUGGAUGUAAAGAUCUUCAGUACACUCUUAUCUUAUCUUGAAAUCUCUAAUGCCUUUCUACUUGCCCUAACUACAUUUAAA